UUCAGCCCGAACCCAAACCAUCCGUGACUGUGUCUCAGCAGGCUGAAGUUUGACUUUGUCUCUGUGUUUUUUCCCCUCGGUGUUCCCGGAGAGGACAUCGGGACUUCUGAAGUUUGGAGCCGCUUUUCUUCAGGAAGCUUUGCGCCACUUUAUUCCUGCACACAGGCGCUCUGUGAAGCGUGGCUUUCAUCUCUCUUUAAAAAGGAAAAGAGGAAAAAACCCGCUGAAAACACGGAGGAUUGUUCGAGCUGGAAGUGGAAGCCUUAGAGGAACACAGUGUAGCCCACAGGCUUCCUGUGCUCACGUACGCUGGAUGCACUCAAGGAUCCUGUAAAUGCCCAGGAGCUGCUACGUUUCUGCACUUGCUGGAAGCAGAGCUGACCCUACACCAGUCGUGUCCUGUCAGUAAUGGCAUCCACCCUGCUUCACAUCUCUGCCACACUGUCUCUGCACUGCUCUCUCUGAGAGAUGGGUUUGGGGCAGCCAUCCCAGACUGGCUCCUGCUCCUACACUGAUUAUUGGAAGCAUCAGAGUGGCGUCUGGUGAAGGACGAGGGGAGAUGCCAGGAUGCCUAUCACUCAGGACAACGCCAUAAGCAUUCUGUCACUGCUGGAGGAUUGGCGUGGGGCUCACAGCACGAGGUCACAGCAGGAUGAUGAUCUAAGUCAGGACAGCUCCUCUGGCUGCACGCGGCUGGAUCCUGACUCCUACCAGAACGGGGAUGGGGAGAGUGUGUGCAGCACUGUUAGUGGUGGAGGACAUGCGGAGGACACGUCCCUCUGUCUGGCUGCUAUUCAGAAGUUGGUGGAGUACAUUCAUUUCAACUUCAUGGAGGGGGACACAGCUCCAUCAGCCAGCCGGGCCUCAUACAGUGAGGCGUUAGAUGUUGAGCUUCACACGGUUUCCCUCAGUAAGGAUGAGGGGGAUGCUGCGGACUUCGGCCUUAGCUUUGGAAACAUCCCUAUUUUUGGAGACCCAAAGGGAAGAAAGAAGGGAGGCCCGAGGAGCAGGAGGGAUCAGAGCCCCAUCGUGGAUGUGGGCUGCAUCUGGGUGACGGAGGUGAGGAAGAGGAGCCCAGCAGCUCGUUGUGGUGGGAUCAAACUGAGAGAUGAACUGCUGUCACUGAACGGGCAGCUAAUGGUGGGAGUAGAUGUCAGUGGAGCCAGUUACCUGACUGACCAGUGCUGGAAUGGAGGCUGUAUUUACCUGAUACUGCUGCGGCGAGUCAAGCGAAAGGCUCCUCUUCCUCCCCGUGAUGCAGCUGAAAGUGUUUGUAUCCCACUCACCAGUGACAACUGUGAAGACCAGCAUCACAGCAAAGCUGAGUCCUCCGACAGCUCUGCAAAUUACAGACGCACACGUAAAUUUGGAGUGAUAUCACGCUCAUCCUUCAACCAAGAGGACAGGCAGCGUACGAGCUCAGAAGUCCGGAGGUCUUAUCAUGACUACAGUUCUCAUCCUGAGAAUAUAGAAACUCGUCCUGCAGAUAACUCAGCUCACAUCCCCACACCUUCUAAGGAAAGCCCAGACCGCUGUUCUCAGGUCAGAGCUGCUCCCCAGCGUCACCGCGGUGGCGAGGCUGCCCCCCUGCCACUAAGGUGUUACAGUCAGCUGCUAGAGUUCAAAAUGGAUUCUUUCUGCAGUGAAUAUUUAUGCCAGCCCAGAGAUACCAACCACAUCUGGAAAAUGCACAUGGUGAAGGGUCAGGAGGGCCUUGGUAUAAAGAUCACAGGGGGGCGUGGCUCCAAGCGUUCUCCUCAUGGCAUCAUCAUUACACAUAUAGAGGAGGGAGGUGCCAUUUACAGGGAUGGGCGUCUUCAUGCUGGUGAUGAGUUACUGAUGAUUAAUAAUCAGUCUUUGGUGGGUCUUACUCAUCAGGAGGCUGUUGCUAUCCUCCGCUCUGCUACAGGUCUGGUCCAGCUGGUGGUUGCCAGCAGGGAGGAUUCAGACGUUGGCUUUGAUCCUUUUCCAUCCGCCAGUCUGCCAGACCUUGUCAGCACCUGCAGCUCCACUUCAUCCCUGUCCCAGGCUGCUCACACCAAGACUUCCAACAGUAGCACCAGUCUGCACAAGUCCUACAUGGUUGAUAGCCUGGAGAAAUUAGAAGAGCAAAGUCAGGAGGAAACAGCCCAAAGGUCCUGCUGCAGCCCCACAGCCACGAAGCCGUGCAGCCGACCCCAGGGAGGGAGCACUCGCCUGGAAUCAGUGGGUGAGGAUGAUGAACUGUUUGUGGCUAAUGGGAUGAGCUGCUUUGAAAUGGUGGAGAAGCCUGGCCGACGUAAACACUCGCUACCUCAACAGCUGGACCCGUCUGGAGUGAGACAGGAAUAUCAGAUCAUUAAGAAAUCAGCUCGCUCCCUGAGCACUGUUCAAGUGGAAUCUCCAUGGCGACUUGCACAGCCAUCCAUUAUCUCCAGUAUAGUAUUAAUGAAAGGCCAGGGCAAGGGCCUUGGGUUCAGUAUUGUUGGUGGGCAGGACUCAGCACGUGGUCACAUGGGGAUCUUUGUCAGGACAAUAUUCUCCCACGGUGCUGCGGCAGCUGAUGGACGGCUGAAGGAGGGAGACGAGAUUCUGGAGGUGAACGGAGAGUCUCUGCAAGGACUCACACACCAACAGGCCAUCCAAAUCUUCAAGCAACUUAAGAAAGGCGUUGUAACGCUGACCAUUAGAACACGGCUGCGCAGCCCCACCCUGACACCAUGUCCCACCCCCACCCUCCUCAGCCGCUCCACUUCACCCAACUCUCAUACCAGUGGAAGUACACCAGUCCCAUCAGGGUUCAACGAAGCUGAUGGACGCAGAGGCCCGGGUCCAGGUCCAAAGGACUGCAUUGUCAUGGAAGUUACACUUAAUAAAGAGCACGGUGUGGGCCUUGGAAUUGGAGUGUGCUGUCUGACCCUGGAGAACGCUGCUCCUGGUAUCUACAUCCAUAGCCUGGCUCUGGGCUCUGUGGCCAAGAUGGAUGGCAGGCUCAGUCGUGGAGAUCAGAUACUGGAGGUGGACUCGGUCAGCCUUCGUCACGCUGCUCUCAGUGAGGCCUAUGCCAUCCUCAGUGAGUGUGGGCCUGGACCCAUCACUCUUAUUGUAAGCAGGCAUCCUAAUCCAAAGGUAUCAGAACAGGAGAUGGAUGACAUCAUAGCUCGAUCCACUCACAGGGACAAAAUGAGCAGGAACAAGCACUCAUUUCAUUCCCAAGGUGUGUCCUGUAAGAACACCAGCCCAGCAGUGAAGGACAUGCAGGAAGACAGUUCACCUGUUCUCAGCUGGACCAUGAAGAGGUUCCUUGAGCCUGCCAGCAGGGGCUCCCUGAGUUCAGAGGCAGAGUUGUCUCAGUACUUCCCGCAGGAACUUUCCAGCCACUCAUUCACAUCUGAAUCCAUGUUGAUGGGCUCAGAUAGUGACGAUGUCCUCCACCAGCAGAGCUGCAUUACCUCCAAGGAUGACUGCUCAUCAAAACCACAUGGAUUCAGCCCAUCUCUGACAGAAGUGGAAGACGGCCGUGUGUACAACAACAUCAAAGACCAAACCUCUGCACCUCUCAGUCACCAUGUGGAGGCCGUGUGCCAGCCCAUCACGUGGUCCAGCCCCCCCACAGCACGCAGCCCACUUCUCUGCCAGGUGAAGUGUUUCGAGGAUGACCUCAGCGAUGAAGAAAAUUCAGCCAGUAGCAGAAAAAUCGAGCCCUUCCACAGACCCACAAAAUCUGAAGCCUUUACCUGCAGUGACGUGUCACAGAGUGAUUCAGCAGGUGUAUUUAGCAGCUCGGUGUUAGACGGUGAAGAUGGUGGAGAUUUGCAGAGUGGAGGCAGAGCUAUACCCACAGCACUCUGUGACAGUUCCACUCAAAGUGAGGAUGGUUUUCCCAAUAAGUCAGAGUCACCUGGUUGUGAGUUAACCUUCAUGUUCAUCCACCAGCCUUUAGAUCACACAGCAGGGGUGUCGAGCAGCGUGGGCUCUGUGCUCACUGAUAUGACCAUCAGCAGUGAGGACUGUCCAAAUCAAAGUCAUGGACAGUUGGAGUCAAAGCAGUCCCCCAAGCUUGAAGCAGUGAACAGGGUCAUGAUGAGCACUGAAGCACCAAACCUGCCCCAGCAGCAAACAUCCCAAACGGAUGAACCCACCCUGGCCUUGGCCCCAUUCCAGCUCCCAUCCCACAGCACAGGAACAAACCCCACGGUGGCUGCCGACAUGAUCCCCAGUCAGCUAUAUAAGAAGGAAGAUGCCAGUGAGGGUGUGGGGAUUUGUCCCAUUAACACUGUGAUCCUAAGAAGAAACGACGGGAAAUCAUUUGGACUUGAACUGGAGAUUAUGUCAUCACCACUGAAGCUGGUGGUCGCUGGAGUGGAGCCUGGAGGUGCAGCAGAAAGGGAGUCUGCGGGCAGGCUGCGUCCCGGAGAUGAGAUCGUCAAGAUUGGAGAUAAACUAGUUUGCUCCUCCAGCUACCAGGACAUUUGUGAACUCAUGCACAGCCUUCCUCUGACACUGGCUUUGGACAUCAGGAGACCGAUCUCAGCUGUAGAUCGACUGCUCAGCCUGGGAGGGACUGUGUGGUCACAGAGCAGUGACGGAUCCACAGUGGAUCCAGCCAAAUCUGUUCAGGGGGUGUCUGAUCAAGUAAUAAGAACACAUUUAGGAAGAGCCACAAUCCAACCAGACUGUAACUUGGCCAUCUUCAAUGUAGACGACGUGUUAUCAGAUGUGAGCCACGACACCAGUGAGGAAAUAUCAUGUAAUGAGCCUGAAACCUGCUGUCCAGGCCAACAUGGUGCAGCCCUGUGUGAGAAGCCUCCUUUGGAAGCCAGAGAUGAAAAGGGUGCCGCCUUUCUGAUGAAUAAAUGUGUGAACCAACAGAAAGAAGGCAGCUCUGCAGUUCUCAGCGGAUCAGGUCCAGAAAAAUCAAAUCCUAGUUGUAAACACAUGGAUCCCACUGCAGAUGUCAGUGGUUCAAACAGUGACUGCAGUGCAGUGGUAAAGACCAUGGCAGAUGGUAUUGGUGGUGUCUCUUCUACACGGUCACCAUGCCAGUUUCUCAACAGUACAGUACCUGUUUCUGCUACAGAGCCACACUUUGACAGAGUUAAAGCGUGUGCAGCAUCCAGACACACAAGCGUUUACAGAAACCAUGCUCCAGCAGCAGCCCACUCUGUCACUGAAAAUCUGCAUGCAGACGUCUCCCAAAGAUCAGAUUUACUGAGGUGUGACGACACACAAACAUAUUCAGUGGAAUCCAACCCCUCAGGCUCCAGGCUGUCCAAAAUGUCAGCGUCAGUGAGCAACAAUCAGAAAGUCGUGCAGUGUAAAGAUACGUUAAAGCCUGAUGCUCGCUCGUUACCUAAGACAAGCUCAAAGCUGAAACACCUCGGUUACUCAGACAGUCCUGUGUGGAGGAGUAACUUCAGACUUCAGGUUGAAAGUGGUCCUUCCACACUUAAAGGUUUGAGUAUUAAAAAGAAGAACAACCCAGAGGAGCCUCUUCAAAAACUGUUGGGGGGUGCAAGUCCAGUCCCUGCAGAUACAAAGGCUUCCUUCAGACAGUCAACAAAUCCACCAGCUGUGGUAACCAUUGGGAUUUUGAAGCCCACUAACCAGCCUGAUGUCAGGAGUUGCCUAGCUGUGGCCGGAGCAGGUGACACAAAGCAAAUAAUGACUGAGCAUGGAAAUUCAGAUGGAGCUUUGCAAACUGUGCAGCUGCCCAAAAAAGAUAUGCACGAAGGAUAUGAAGCAAAAGCUGAAUCACAUUCACCUGCCACUCAGAGGACAUUCAUGGAAGUGCGACUGUCUUCAUCAUCAUCAGCAGCAGCAGCAGCAGCAGCAGCAGCUGUGUCACAUAGAGACAAAAAUGUUUCAAAAGAAAAUAAACACAGAAAUGAUACAGAUGCACGAUUAGCAGCAAUGCAUUCAUCCACUGUCACCGCAGAAGAAAGAACAGCUGCCUCGGUCACCAACACAGCAUUUCAUUCACUGUCUUCUACGGCAGCUCAUUCAACAAGUAAAGGUUUAAAACCUGUGACAGUUAUGGAGACAGAAGAGACAGUGAAGUCCGGUACAUCCAGACUGUCCACACAGACCCUGUCCACACACACUGCCUCGUCUGCAGAUUACAGUCCUUUCUCUGUCCGACAUAAAAUCAAAUCCUUUGAGAAUCUGGCUAAUGUUGACAAGCCCCUGGUGAAAAGCAGUGAUCCUCAGCCGUAUGCGCUGGCAUAUAGAGCCCCGCUGAACCAAAGGAUUGCAGGUUAUAUGGAACUGGUUAAUGCUGUUGACUUCCGGACACGACAAAGGAGUUUUAGCUCUUAUGUGGAAAAUCUGCUUCCAGCCACAUCCUGCUCUCUUCGCCUUCGUAAGUCUUCUGAGAAUGAAGUUCACAAAGCUCCAGAUGGGGCUGCACCACAGACUCCUCCAGUGCUGCGCAAGAAGCAUGGCAGACUUCUCUACAGUAGGUUACGGCAGCUCAGGGCUCUCAGCAUGCCUGAGCUGGAAAAACUGUGCAAAGAGGACGCUGCAGGAGGGCACAGCACUGCAGAUAAAACAGACUCUGACACCCAGUCCACUAUAGCCCCGGUGACUGACAGCUUUCCAACCUGUGCAACUCCAAUGAAAGCAGAUGUGAACAGGGUUAACCACAGUGAGGCUGAAGUCACUGAAGAGACUGCUCAGAGGACCCCAGAGACCCAUGGCCGGCAGCUCGGCUGGUCCAUCAGCUUAGAGGAGCUGUCUGCUUCACCUGUGAGUCGGUGUAAACUGCAAACACUGCUGUCCUCACUAACAGCUAAAGCUUACAUAUCAACCCUGCUUCAGCAAACCAAGACUAAAAGAAAUACUCGUCUUGUUGUCCUGAGUAAAGGAGAAGGUUCAGGACUUGGUUUCAGUAUUGCUGGAGGAGUUGACCUCGAGCAAAAGGACAUAACUGUUCAUCGGGUCUUCACGAAAGGUGCAGCUGGUCUUGAAGGUACAAUCCAAAGAGGUGACAGCAUUUUAUCCAUAAAUGGCACCAGUCUGGAGGGUAAAACACACGGAGAGGCUAUAUCCUGUCUUCGUCAAGCCAAGCAGUCCAACCAGGUCUUAGUAGUCAUUCACAGAGACAAAGGCAGUGUGCAGUGUAUCUUUAACAGACAAACCCCGGCUACUCAGAAGUCUUUGGAGUGUAGCGGAGCUGUAGAUGUCAGUCCAGAUGGGGCUGUAACAGUGGAGCUUCAUAAUACUUCCGUUGGACUGGGCUUCAGUCUGGAGGGGGGCAGGUCUUUGAGCCAUGGAGACAGGCCUCUCACUGUCAAACGCAUCUUUAAAGGAGGAGCUGCAGAGCUUUCCGGGCUUAUCGAGGUUGGCGAUGAGGUCCUGUCUAUCAAUGGCUGUUCUCUGGAGGGACUCAUGCACCAUGAUGCCUGGAAAAUGAUCAAAGCCACUAAUGAAGGGCCUAACCAGCUCCUCAUACGCAAGCAGAGCAAUGUGACGGUAAAAAACAAGGAAACGGAGUCCUGACAGGCUCUACUGUUCAAGCGGAUAUGUUUAAAAAAAGCAAUUAUACAUUUUGAUUGUUGGACUUUUUGGUUAGCCUUUUUAAAAUAUCUUUGUACUUAAUAAUUGGCUGGACACUAUUGUGGUGCAUAAUAUGUAAUUGUGAUUUUUCAAAUGAAGAGUUCAGUUUAUUUAUAAUAAAUUAACUUUUGAACACUCAGAAAUAAUACAUUUGUAAGGCAUUCCUUUUUUAAA